AUGGCAGCAGCCAACAAAGGUGAUGAUCAGAUUUCCGGCGACGGCGACAAAACUCCGGCGGUGACACGGCGGCUGAAAUGCCCAAGAUGUGAUUCGCCAGAGACCAAGUUUUGCUACUACAAUAACUACAGCCAAUCCCAACCAAGGUACUUCUGCAAGACGUGCAGAAGGUACUGGACUAAAGGAGGCGCGUUGCGUACAAUCCCCGUCGGCGGCGGCUGCCGGAGAAGAAAAAUGAUGAAAUCUUCCCCCGCCGCAAGAUAUUAUGGUAUCGGAGAACUGGGAUACCUUAACGGUGUCUCUCGACCCUUGGGUGGGAUAAAAAUCCCCAGCUACAACACUUCAGCCGCCGCUCUUAUCAGCCAGUUAUCCGGCGCUCUUUUGGCUAUGCCGUCAACCCCGCCUUGCUUCAAUCUCGACCAAUUAUCGCCGCCGUUCUCCAUUUCCAGUCCUUUAUUUGACUUCAAAUUUCCUGGAACUCAAGAACUGGGCAGGCUUGCACCCCCAAUCGAGCCGGUGGGCACUGCAAAUCAAGAUUUGCAGUGGAAUUUACAGCAGAAAAUCCUUGAGAAGCAGAUUCUUGAAAUUCCGACGCCACCAUCUGAAGCCACUUUUGAAAGCACUAGUUCAAGAAUCGCUGAAGCUACUGAAUGGCUCUUUGACGACGACGAUGUUACUUUUCCACUUCCUGGAAACCCAACUGCAACAAAUAGUUUUGGAAAUGGGAAUGGAAACGCCUCAGAAGACGACUGGGAUGAACUCAUUCAAGCUUGGGCCACAAACUUCAAUGAAUUCAGUGCUUUGCCAUAG